AUGGCAAACAUGCAGGUUAAUUCUAACACUGCGUGGACUUCAGAUGUUUUUGAUACAGGAGCCGAGUCUCACGUCACAAAGGAACCAGGUAAAAUCGUAAUCCCUGACUCUAAUACUGCUAGGUUGGUGGUUAAUGGUAAUGCUCAAACGGUUGGUGUGGAUUGUGAUGAAACGUUUAGUCCUGUGGUCAAACCGGCCACUAUUCGCACAGUUUUGUCUCUUGUUGUGUCUCGCGGUUGGCACAUUCAUCAACUGGAUGUCAAGAAUGCUUUUCUUCAUGGGGAUCUACAUGGAGACUGUGCUCCGAGAGCUUGGUACACUCGUUUUGCUAACUUUAUUACCUCCAAAGGGUUUCGUAGCAGUGCUUGCAGUGCUUGUGACCAGUCGUUAUUUGUUUAUCAUCAGGACUCGUCUAACAUUGCAUAUUUAUUGCUGUAUGUGGAUGAUAUUGUUCUAACUGCUUCUAAUGAUCGUCUCUUAAACGACAUUAUUAGCACGCUUUCCAGGGAAUUUGCCAUGACUGACUUAGGCCAUUUGCAUCAUUUUUUGGGAAUAAACGUCACUCAGCAGAAGAACGGUAUUUUCUUGUCUCAAGUCCAAUACGCCAAAGACAUAAUUGCCCGUGCAUUAAUGCCAGCUUGCAAACCAUGCUCGACGCCGGUUGAUCUGUCUUACAAAUUGAGUGCUACCGAUGGCUCUUUGUUCUCGGAUCCGACUUUAUACCGAAGUUUGGCUGGUGCUCUACAAUAUUUGACUUUUACUCGUCCAGAUUUGUCUUAUGCGGUUCAACAGGUGUGUACGAUUGAUUAUGGUAUACGGCUUGUGCGUUCGGCUUCUCAUGACUUGGUUGCUUAUUCUGACGCUGAUUGGGGUGGUUGCCCGGAUUCGAGACGCUCCGUAUCCGGUUAUUGUGUUUUUCUCGGUGAUAAUCUUAUAUCAUGGUCUGCUAAACGUCAGCCUACGGUCUCGAGGUCUAGUGCAGAGGCCGAGUAUAGGGGUGUUGCAAAUGCAGUUGCCGAAACAACUUGGAUAUGA